CGAAGUCGAUGGGGACCAAUUUCCGAACCCUCGGCCUCGGGCCAUGUGUUUGGAGAGCCGGAUGUCACCCGGAUGGAGUCGGGGUCCCACCUCUAACGCUUCCUGCGAAACACGCGCCGGGGGAUGACAUUGAAGGAGCAAACAAGCUCCAUUCGUCUCGAAGAAAGACGAGAGGCAACCAAAGGUCGAAGUUAAACAGACCGAUGGUGUGACAAAGACCAGGGGCAACACGCCGUGAAUCGAAUGGUUCGAAGCAAGCUGAAGGUCCCGAUCGAUCUGGCGAUCAACCAUGGUUUUGGGCGAUGAACCUCAAUGGUUAACUGGCCCCGCCGAGCUCGCCGAGGAACCAAACUCCCAGGGGUCUGUCGCGCCGUCCGCUCCUUCGAGAAGCGUUUGCGCCAGCCCCUCGAAUCCCGAGAUUCCCCGCUAUUUUGUCGCAGGCGUCAAAGUUUCUGUGCGUCCAGGUGAUAGUGAUGGCUUUAUGGUUCUACCCCGAGCAGGCAUCACCGACUGCGUCCCUGUUCUUAACAAUUUGGUCAGCUUUCCAAAAACACAGGGGGCUACGGGGGGGUGGCUUCGAGGGCCACCUUCCGCCCUUCCGGAUUUUCCCAGCUUCAAGGAUUGCUCAUUGGAACCCGAAAUUUCAUCGUGGCCCGCCAAAAGAAAGCAAGGGCUGGAUUGCCAGCGGCUGACAAAGGAGGGGCAAUCAGCAAUCAGCUCGGGAAUCCGUAGCCGUUGUUGGUUUCCCUCAGCACACCACCAGCACCUAUCAGAUGGUGCCGUCAUCAGGCCUUUUGAUCGCGAGGAAACGGGCUCCCCACAUCUCGUCCUGCAUAAUGCACCGGGGAACGCGCACCGACUUGGUUGCGGGCCGGCCGUUCGCUGCGACCGCUGCGACCACUUUGCGAAAGGGAAGCAGCUCCCGUCUCCAAAUGCGCCGGGCUGCAGCUUUGGUGCAGGUGGGGAGGUGGGGUGGCUUCAGAGAAAUCGAAGGUUCCUUGGGGAGGGGUUGCAUCCCCAAAGCCGGGCCAAUGUGGCUAGCAACCGGCUUCGUCUUCCGCCCCGGAUUAGCGCAGCAAUUUGCUGGCAGGCUGACGGCCACCGUGCGCGCAAUUUCAGGGGCCGAAAAUUCUCUUCAUCCAAACAAGAGCAGCGCCGCCAGCCCCGUGCUGCCAGAUCUGGACAGGUACAAAGUACUUUGGGUAUUUCCCAGUUCCUUGGCCAAGUUACCGUUAGCAACGCCGCCGAGCAUCGACCUGUUGCUGCCCCUCCAACUGUCAUGGAUGAAGCUGGCGGGAUCGCAAAGUCGUGAUUUCUCUGUGGGCCUUGGCCAUCUUUGGCCAAAACGCCAA